GUGGUGUCAACCGCUGUGAAACGCUUACCACACAAGGUUACGAAACAGACGCCAUCUUGGCUCAACUGCAAGUCGCUAGCGUGGGAACCUCACGCCACUUCAGCGUAGCUUGAGCCAAAAUGUCCAACCCUUGCUGCAGUUCGUAGUAACCUUCUCCAUUAAACGUUUGGGGGAGGGAUAUACGAGAGCUAUCGCGCAAACUACUUCUUCCUACACUUCUGUGGAGCACUGGAAAAUGGCCUAGCUGUUCUUGGAGAUUUCCUGCAGAUGUCAAAGGCAUUAUCGCUAGCUUAUAUGACGCGAAGUGUGUUGGAUUUUACUCUGGGAUUUACAUGGCUGAAUCGUGCGUGAAGAUGAUGGUAAUGAUGAUGAUGAUGAUGGGGAUUCCACCGGUUUGGCUGUCCAAUGUGUGUGAGACUGGAUGAGACAAGGGCUCUAUCAGGAGCCUUUGUGCAGAUUGACCUGCAAUUACUGAAGAGGACCUCUGGGCAGGUUCACACAUCACUUGGCAGGGUGGAGUUUCUUGACCCAUGGAGAAUUACUUCCAGGCUGAGGCCUUUAACCUGGACAAGGUGCUGGAUGAGUUUGAACAGAAUGAAGAUGAAACGGACACGCCGACUCUCUCGGAUGCCAAGUGGACUCAAAUUCUGGCCCCGCCGUCACACCUCCUUUCCCUGAAUCCGGCACUGACCCACUCUGACCUCAGCCCAAGGGAUAGCCCUAUCAGCUUCAAGCCUCUUCUGGAUGCCCAGAUGUCAGAUGGCCCCUCUUUGGCUGAGGUCACCAGGUUAGAGGGGAAACAGGGGCUGGGGCAACAGCCAGAGGGCAGGAGUGAAGAACGGCCGGCAGAUGUUCAUAGUCCCCCUUUACCGCAGCCCAACAUUGGCAAGCUGGUGAGCACUGACGGGCAGUUGGCAGACUUGCCGGCCCCCAACAGCGUGGUGCUGGAAAACGGCUAUCCAGCUAGUCCUGGACAAGGCGGCCGGUCUGACGUCCUUCUGGCCAACAAUGAUGAGAGAAGUCAAGCUGUUACAGAUCAGCAAAGUGUUAAGGACACUUGUGAGCUUAAGAUGGAGCGGAAUGGUACCGAUGAGGGAAGUGGUGCUGGUCAUGAUGAACCUGGGAAUAGGUCACCUGUUUUAAAGAAUGGUGUUAAGAUAGAGGCAAUCAAGCCUGAAGGUGGUUCACCUGUCCAUGAGGUCAGAAUGAGAGACUGUAAUCUGGUAUUUCCAGAAGGAAGUAAUCCCCAGAAAGGGGAAGCAGUAUUGCACAAAUCAGUGAAUGGUGACGGAGAACUGGAUUUUGAGAGGGAGAAUCAUGAGGGUGCCUUUCAGAAUGGUGGACUGGUUGAGAAUGAAAGUACAGGGAAAAAUACCUGGGCUUCAAUUCAGGAAGAGAAAAAGAAAACACUAGAGAAUGACCACAAAGGGAUUCACGGAGACUCUGAAUCAUCAGGGGCGGAGAAGUCCCUGUCCAAUGGUCUGAUUGUGGACCUUGAUGGAGAUGCACACAGCCAGCCAGCAGUCCCUUCAAAGGAGGACUCUGUGACAGAGGAAAAAGAAAUGGAGGAGAGCAAACAAGAGUGUUGUGAUCCAGUUCGAGGAGUGGAAUCUGGCAGAACUGGCAAACUCAACAACAGCCGGCUGCAGCCUGUCAGCGUUCCCUACGGUGGUGCCCGCCCAAAACAGCCUGUUAGUCUGAAGCUGCAGAUUCCCCAGCCUCUCUCGAGCCAAGUUAAGAAUGAAUUUGGCUCUACUGGCAAGAACAAGAACCUGGAGCCACAGAGUAUGACAGGAGUCCUUGAGUCGUCUUGUGGAAUAACAGAGUCUGGGGUUGUUCGAAUGAAUGGAGAGCAGGGAGAUGGCUCUUCAGGCUUACUCAUCCCAUCUGAGAGUCCAGACAAUGAUCUCCAGGCAGGCCAGCAGGGAGCCUUCUCUAAGAAACCCUUCAGCUCCUUGGGGGAAGUGGCUCCUGUUUGGGUUCCUGACUCUCAAGCACCCAUUUGCAUGAAGUGCGAGGUCAAGUUCACUUUUACUAAAAGAAGACAUCACUGUCGGGCUUGUGGCAAGGUGUUCUGUGCUGCUUGUUGUAGUCUAAAAAGCAGGCUGAUGUACAUGGACAGGAAAGAAGCAAGGGUUUGUGUUACCUGCCACCGUGCACUCAUGAAUGCUCAAGCAUGGGAGAACAUGGGAGGUGGUUGCAACCAGAGCCCAAAUCCCAACAACCCAGCUGAGUACUGCUCCACAAUUCCCCCUCUGCAGCAAGCCCAGGCAUCAGGAGCACUCAGCACCCCACCACCAACAGUCAUGGUGCCUGUUGGUGUCCUUAAACAACCAGGGUCUGAAGGUUCUCUUCCUCGAGAGCAAAGAAGGGUUUGGUUUGCUGAUGGUAUUCUACCCAACGGGGAAGCUACAGACUCUUCUAAAGGGCCGCCGGCAAACCCCAACCCCUCAGAGCCUGUGGCAGCGUCCCAAUACUCAAACAAAUCCUCAGGAGCCAGUGCUUCUGAGAUGGCCCGUGCCACUGGAGCCUCGACCGCCAGCCCUGUGGGCAGCUCUCUCAGUCUGAUCCCAGAGGACGGACUUCCUCCCAUCCUCAUCUCCACAGGCGUCAAAGGAGGUACGGGAGGCCACAUCACAGACUAUGCUGUGGAGGAAAGGCCUUCUGAGAUUGUGCUGAUGCAGCAGCUUGAGGAGGGCGGCCCUGAUCCCCUCGUGUUUGUCCUUAAUGCCAACCUGCUGGCCAUGGUCAAACUGGUCAAUUAUGUAAAUAGGAAGUGCUGGUAUAUGACAACAAAGGGUAUGCAUGCCGUGGGCCAGGCCGAGGUUGUAGUGCUUCUACAGUGCCUCCCUGAUGAGAAAACCAUUCCCAAGGACGUCUUCAGCCACUUCGUCCAGCUGUACCGGGAGGCUCUCACAGGAAAUGUGUUAAGUCACCUGGGCCACUCCUUCUUCACUCAGAGCUUCCUGGGUAGCAAGGAGCACGGCGGCUUCCUUUACAUCAGCCCCACCUUCCAGACCCUGCAGGACCUGCCGUUGCCUAAUCCGCCCUACCUCUUUGGCAUCCUGGUGCAGAAGUGGGAGACCCCCUGGGCCAAGGUCUUUCCCAUCCGACUCAUGCUCCGCCUAGGGGCGGAAUACCGAUUCUACCCCUGCCCACUGUUUAGCGUUCGCUUCAGAAAACCGCUUUUUGGAGAAACCGGUCAUACCAUCAUGAACUUGCUGGCAGACUUCAGAAAUUACCAGUACACGUUGCCAGUGGUGAAGGGGCUGGUGGUGGACAUGGAAGUGAGGAAAACGUGCAUCAAGAUACCGAGCAACCGUUACAAUGAGCUCAUGAAGGCAAUGAAUAAGUCCAAUGAGCACGUUCUGGCAAUGGGCGCAUGCUUCAAUGAGAGGGCGGAUUCCCAUCUUGUCUGUGUUCAGAACGAUGAUGGUAACUACCAGACGCAGGCCAUCAGUAUUCAUCACCAGCCUCGCAAAGUGACUGGUGCCUCCUUCUUUGUGUUCAGCGGGGCUUUGAAGGCUUCAUCGGGCUACUUAGCUAAGACCAGCAUUGUGGAAGAUGGCGUGAUGGUGCAGAUUACAGCUGAAACGAUGGAGGCCUUACGGCAAGCCCUGAGAGAGAUGAAAGAUUUCAGUAUUGUCUGUGGGAAAGCUGAUCAGGAUGAGAACCAGGAGCACGUCCAUAUCCAGUGGGUCGACGAUGACCACAACGUCAACAAGGGAGUGAUCAGCCCCAUUGAUGGAAAAUCCAUGGAGUCAGUCACCAGCGUUAAGAUCUUCCAUGGCUCAGAGUAUAAAGCCAAUGGGAAAGUCAUCCGUUGGACAGAGGUGUUCUUCCUACGAAGCGAGGACCAGACCAAUGGCCUGAGUGAUCCCGCAGACCACAGCCGACUCGCCGAGAACGUGGCAAGGGCUUUCUGCAUGGCCCUGUGCCCUCACCUCAAACUUCUCAAAGAGGAUGGCAUGGCCAAACUGGGCCUAAGGGUUACGUUGGACUCUGAUCAGGUGGGCUACCUAGCAGGCAGUAACGGUCAGCCGCUGCUCCCCCAGUACCUGAGCGAUCUAGACAGCGCCCUCAUCCCAGUGAUCCACAGUGGGGCCUGCCAGCUAAGUGAGGGGCCUGUGGUGAUGGAGCUCAUCUUCUACAUCCUGGAGAUCAUCUCUUAAAAGGAGGGAAUCCGUCCAGUCUCAGACUCAUGCCUCCCACCAGCUUGAGUCCCUCUUUGCGCUCUCUCUCUCUCUCAUUUGCACUUCAAAGAGCCUGAAAGCUGUGCAGGAACAAGUCCUCCAUACCACCUAUGCACCAUCUCCACUGGGACGCCCUCUGCCCAGCCCCGCUGAAUGUGGUGCUCUCUUUCCUUUAUUCUCACCUUUCAACUCCACUGUGGAAACCAUUGGCCCUGUUGAGUCAAAAGGGGUGGUGACCCUGAAUACGAUCUCUUCAGAACCGUUGUAGCAACACUAAGCUCCUGGAACACAAGAGGGCGCUCUACACACUCAGCCCUAAUGGAGAUUGUCCAGAUGUUGAUGUUGGCUGAGAGAAGAACUGUAGAGGGAAGGUUUGUUCUAUGAAAUGGUUUCUGGUACACAGUGCCUGGGCCUCAAUAAGAAACGAAGAAUGAGCUUCGGUUUCGCCUCUAAGCUUUAUGAAUCACCAGAUGCUUUAUUUCAUGAAUAUGGACCUUGUUUUGUUUUUUUGGUAAGGUAAAACUGCUCCAAAGCUAAAACGAUGUAGCUUCUUCAGAGAUGGACUGCUUGGCAUGGUAGCGGAAAGAUUGUGGAACAGUAUUAGGAAUGUUGACGAUUGAGUUACUGUUACAAAUGUCAAGAACGGACCUUUGUCACAGACUUUAUUAUUAUUAUAAGACAAUACGAUCGAACAAUAAUUUCAAGCGGCCUUCAGGAAUUCAACUACAACUUUAAGUUCGACAUAAUGGUAGGUUUUGACAUGACUGAAGGUCUCAGUCCAAUAAAGCUUUUAUAAUGGAUUGGUUUGGACCGUGAUGGAGGAUGAAAUGUUACCAUUUUUCUGGGCUGCUGCGUUUAGCAUCCUGUCCCAUCUCUGUUCCAUCCCAUUUCUCACCCUUUUUAGUGGCCCAUGUUCAUAUAAUGUUUCGCCAAUGUUUUUAACAUGUUAUCAUAUAAAGGACUGUGUAAGGAAUAGCAAUGCAGUGCACGGGAUAUUAAGCCAUCAUUAGGAAAUAGAAAGAGAGAAUAAAGAAGAAUGGAAUUACUGAUAUUUAAGUAUUAUUCAAAGAUGAAUUCUGUAUUCAUUGAUGAGGAAAGUUUGGAUUUUGGCAUGUGGUUUUGAAGCCCUUAAUUCAGCUGUUUGUUGGGUUGGGGUCAUUAACUCCGUUAUUUUCUCACAGUGUUAAGGUGUGGUCAUAUUAGAGGGAUUUCACAAGCAAAUAAGGUCUAUUUUCAGUAUUGUAGUGUUAUAUGAAGCACAGCUCACACAGAAGUCACUUUCAAACCAAGUAACAUUCUGUUGGUCAACAUGGUGAAUCUCUGAUUCCAUGCGUGGAUUCCUGUUGAAAUGACUGGACUUUGUUUUCAAAUGUAAACGUGACCGUGCUUUUAAAUCAUGUUUUAUGUCCUUCUAUAGAGAUGCCAAGAACAUUAUCAAUAUGCUUUUGCAGGGCUCCAGACUGAUACAAGAAUAGUUGCAAAUGUGACAAAAUACAAAUUUGCAACAAUUAUGAGAGUGUUUUUGUGUAUCAUAGUUUCGUACGGAGCCCCUAAACAUAUGUGGUGUUGGAGGAAAAAAUUACAUUUAAAUGUUUAUGCAUUAUUUAAUCUCUUGCAAAACUUUUUUGUUCCCCCGAUAAUGCAAGUUUUUCGGGUAAACAAUACUUUUGCGAGAGAACGCAAGCACUUUGUGCACGAAUGCAAAGUUGAAAUAAAAAAUUUCCUCGCAUCUCAUUUUUUUCCCAUCACCAUGUCCCAUUAGAGGCUUUGUUGUUUCAUUAUAUAUAAUUUCAUGUGCUGUUAGUUAAAGGGUUAGUUCACCCAAAAAUGAAAAUUCUGUCAUUUUUACUCACCCUCAUAUCGUUCCACAUUCGCAAGACCUUCGUUCAUCUUCGGAACACAAAUUAAGAUCUUUUUGUUGAAGUCUGAGAGGUUUCUGUCUAUCCAUAGAAAUCCAGCGUAACUACCACUUUCAAGGUCCAGAAAGGUAGGAAUGACAUCAUUAAAGUACUCCAUGUGACUCCAGUGGCUUAAACUCAAUUUUAUGAAGCGACAUGAGUGCUUUGUUUGUACGAAAAAAACAAACAAACAUAAUUUACUACUUUAUUUACAAAAUAAUAUUAUCCAAGGCAUGUUCACGCAACAGUGUCGUGAACACAAAACGCAUGAAUCGUGAUGCUCUCGUGAACACUUGUGAGUACACGUUGUGUUGACGCGCGAGUCUGAACGAAGCGUUCUCCUGAACAGAUCAAACAAAUUGACUUUGCGCAUAAAAAUUCAUAAAAUUGAGGUUAAAUCACUGGAUUCACAUGGAGUACUUUAAUGAUGUCAUUCCUACCUUUUCUGGACCUUGAAAUAGGUAGUGUUGCAUCUCUAUGGAUAGACAGAAACCUCUCAGAUUUCAUCAAAAAGAUCUUAAUUUGUGUUCCGAAGAUGAAUGAAAGUCUUACGGAUGUGGAACGACACAAGGGUGAGUAAAAAUGACAGAAUUUUUUUUUAUUUUUGGGUGAACUAACCCUUUACAACUUUAGAGGGCACGUCAUUGUUGUCUGCUCAGUGCGAUCCGUGAUUCACGGACAGUCAAUUCUUGAGAACAUGUUUAAUCGGACUCAAUCAGUGAAUCAUUCAAAGCGGUUACAGACUAGAGUUAGCAAAUGUUUUACUAAACUGCAAGUCAGUUCUCAAUUAUGAACUAGAAGUGCUUUUAAACAAGCAUCUUUAUCGCGUGGUUUUAGUUUGUCGGUUUAGUUAUUUCAUUUUAGGAGCCAAUAGCUUCCCAGUCAUGUUUAUUAGUCUGGAGUCCUGAAGGAGAUUCCCUAAUUCAGCUUGUUGUGUUUUUGAUUGAUGUUAUGUGGUGUCAGAUAGAAGAAUCCUUGAGAACUUUCACUUCUUAAGCAGGACUUGUUAUUUUAAUGAACAUUUUGUGUUGGUUUUUCACUCACAUGGAGAAAAUUAAUUACUACAACAGUUAGCCAGGUUAUUAUGAAACUUUCCCAACAUGGAAAACUACCAAUAUGAGGAGCUCCUGGAAUUUGGGACAUCACUGUGGAUCACAUUUUAAGAGAAAAUGGCAUUUGCCUUAAAAUUUCAUAAAUUGAUACGUCCAUCAUCAAGACAUUCCAAAGGUCAUCUAGAUUGUCAAUCAUAUCUAAACUGAUAGAAAGACAUUGUAACCUCAGAGUGUUUUUAACAAGCCCUCUUUAGCUAACUAGUCAUUAUUAAAAUGGCGUCAACUGAAGUAGUAUCUUGACAUGACAAUCAAAUUGUAGUUAAUCUUUUAGUCAGAUAACAAAGUAAAGGUGGGAUGGUAACAUAUUCUUCUGUUUUGCAUAAUGACUCUCAGAUAUGGUUGGUUUCAUCAGAUGGCCUAUGCAUGAAAGGACAGCAGCUGAUACGAAGGUCCACAGCAAGUGAACCUCACAGCCUUUUAUUAGCAGGUCAACCAUUGAGACAAUAGUCAUGUGUUUCUGGCUUUUGGUGAAGAGCGCCGACAGCUUUGGAAGCAGACUGUUCAUGAAAAAUAAAUGGCAUUUCAUGAAGGCUGUGUUGUCUUCCCAUUAACAGAGCUCAAAACAACCUUUUGUUACUCCCUGCAUCCACCUUUGCCAUUGUUUUUCUAGAUGUGCUGUAUUGUAUAUCAUGAUAUUUUGUUAACCCUUUUCAGCCUUUUAUGUUUUGUUUUUUUGGACGGCCCAAAGUGUAACAGCAUGCAUGCUGAAACAAACAAGAACUUGUAAUUCUCUGAAAAUCUUUGCAUUUUGACAGCAUUUCAGAGGACGAUCUGCUCUAAAGAAUAGUUUUACAUACUAUUGGUUUGAUCUGUGAUGAAUUACUGCUAAAACCUGACAUGGGUGGAAUGAAAAUAAAUUUGCAAUGUAUGAAAAGCCAAAAAGAAAAGGAAAAGAAUACAACCUUUCUUUAUUGUACACUACAAAUGUCAAUAAACACAGUCUUUAUCAAACCUGUUGAAUAUACAAAAACAUGCCAUGGUUGUACAUAAAACUGAAUUUCUUUUUAUAUUAAUAGUUUCCAUUAAAGGUAAAAUAAAACUAUCCAUUUCAAUCAAGAAAAAUCAGGAGCUACAGAUCUUUGUUUUUCUCGUUUAAUAACAAAACAGAUUCAAAAUCUUGGUGUGAAAUGAAAAUAAAUUAUAUGGCAGAUUGUACAGGGAAAGAGUAGAAAGAUGCAUUAAGAACAGCAUGACUAAACUGAAACAUUGUGGUACAUGUAAAGACUAGACAAUUUAAAGUUAGGUUUUUUUUAGGAUAAACCUUGCAAUGGAUGAAAGAAACAUUUAAUGAAGAAUCGAUCAUAAAAGAUAAAGCUCGAUCUGAGACUGGAAAAUGUGCUAAACCACACAAUUCACAUGAGAUGAGAACAUUUGUAACUGAAAUGAAUGGACAGAGUAAAAACUAGUCUGAUGGCUCUAGAUCGCACAUUGUCCACACUUAAAGCCAAAUGUCAGUCAAUUCUUCACAAAUUGUUACCCAACACACCACAAAAUAUAAAUGGGGCAAAAAUAAAUGAGGUAUUUUUGAACUUGUAGAGUAAAUGUUACAAAGCUAAUUUGUUUCUGAGGUCAUCGCUAUGGAAAUCAAAAGUUAUUGUGUCUGAAUAUAAUGACUUAAACGGAUAGUUCACCAAAAUUGAAAACUCUGUCAUCAUUUGCUCACCCUCAAGUUCCAAACCUGUAUGAAUUUGUUUCAAAAGAAGAUAUUUUAAAGAAUAUGGGUAACCAAACAGUUGAUACGCCCCACUGACUUCCAUAGUAUGAAAAAAAUAAAAUAAAUACUAUGGAAGUCAAUGGGGUCCCCUCAACUGAUUGGUUACCAACAUUCUUCAAAGUAUCUUCUUUCGUAUUCAGCAGAAGAAAGAAAUUUAUACAGGUUUGGAACAAGUUGAGGGUGAGUAAAUGAUGACAGAAUUGUCAUUUUUGGGUGUUCUCUUUAAGUGCGCACUAGACCGCAAUGUAAACAUUGGCUAAAGUGCCUACUAGGAGCGACCCUUGUACAGAACAAGACCGUCAAGUGCAAGACAAGCGGUAACUAAUCUAUUUCUCUCAUAAAUUAUAUUAGGGUUGUUUAAUAUAUAUACAAAACAAUGCAGAAUCGCUCUAAAAUCUACCUUUACUAACUUAUGUCAACUAAACUGCCUCUUCUUAUCAUAGAGUGUGUACUAGACUAUUACAGCACCUGUUCUAGUCUGAAUGACUGUCAGCAAAGUGCAGAAAAAAAUGUAAAUAAAAAUAUGCUUAAAUUUACUGGGAAAAUUAUACAUUUUCAAUCAUUUCCAAACAUGAUUCCACUUGCUCAAUUACCUAAUGAAGCAGACAUUAAAAAAUAGACUAUUCAGAGCAUUUGAUGAAUAAUUCACAUCUGGUUCAAUUAGUAAAAGCUGGUUUAUGGCUUUAAUGGCAUUCAUACGGAAUAUAAUAUUUAACAGCAGUACUUUAGCACGGCCUAUCUGUAUAAAUAUGGUGUAAACAAGUUUUGAAAUGUCUGAAAGAAUGUUUGGGAUUCAAACGCAAACCUUUUUGCAUAGCUGAUCGCGUAUAACUCAUUUGCAUAGCAGUCAUACAUUAGUAUUGGAGAUAUGACAGGAACAGGUUCUAUUUUAAGGGAGAACAGAUUAAGUCAUUCAUCUUACUGCAGCAGCAGUGAUUACUUUGGCAUUAGUGCAUAAGUGCAUCCCAGAGCAGUAAAAAAAAAAAAGGUUAGCUCUCAUUGGCUUCAGCUCCAAUGGAUUAAUGUAACAGUUGGGGUGAGCUUUAUUAUACAAUCAAGAGGCAAUCUAUCUCAAAAAGCCCAUUUAAAAGGCAUAUCAAUCUCACGCAAGUCUGUGCACAUUUCCCGCUCCUUUUAUUAAUACCUCCUGAAUUUUUAAUGACCACCCCAACUGUUACAUCCUGGUCCAACCUUUUAUACCCUGAUAAAAACAAAGCUAACGGCCUCUGUGAGUGACAAUGUCUCUC